UGGAGCGACACAUCAAGGAGGAGACGCGCCCCCAUAUGUUGGGUCGCUCCUAUCAAAUGCAAUUGCACAUCUGUCUGGGCCUCCUGGAAAACGGAUGCGAUUUGUUUCGCUGUUGACUCAGAUACUUGCAUUCCGUGUUUCGCGUCACAAAGCGUAAGCGGCUGGCCGCACGAACAAAAAACAAGUAGCAAUGUGGUAGUACAGAUCUUGCUGUCUUGGAGAGAACUUAUGACACUUACAAUCCAGACCAAGACAUAUUUGCAUUGCAUAGGCCCAGUAGCAUCGCAACAUGGAUAAAUGCAGCCUCCUCAGCGAGCUAUCCAGUGCAAAUAUCGAUCUGGGUCUCAUGGAAGAAGAUUGCCACACGUCGACAGUUGUAAUGCAUGGCUGGCCUGACACAACUCAACACACUCAACAGAGCUCUGUGAUGCAUGAGACGGCACCUUCCCGAGAUUGUGGCUGUAAGGGUUGCCAAUGUGCUGAUUGGGGUGUAGGGAACAUGUUUAUUCUUCUCAUGCAAGACAGAUAUUAGUGUCACUCGGUCCCGGACUUACACAAACUUGCACUUUCCCGGACCCAAACAUAUUCGCAAUGCAUAAAGAUAUUAGCGUCAUCAAGCCCAUCAAGCGUGUCCAUUGGAGCGCUAUUGUCUGCGGCAAGCAUUGCUCUUUUCUGGGGUCGUGGUUCUCGGAGUCUUUAUCUUUUCAAUGUGAUGCCAUUGUAUCUGUAUCUAACUCUAAGCAGCACAGCGCAAUAGAAAGACAUGUGAGCCCGUGCUGA